AUGAGACGAUAAGUCAGAUUCUCUGAAACUAGAAAGUCAAGAUCUCUCAGACCUGAUGAUCAACUUUAAAACUCAGUUAUUGAAAGCAGUCAAAGGUAAAACAUCUCAAGGAAAUAGACAGAGGUAUCCCCAGAAAUAUAGAAUAAAAUAGACAAUAUAAACACCAAACAGCUUUAGAAUCAUGACAUCAAAGAUUUUCUUUAAGACGUGCAGGCCUAUAGCAUUCCUCAUUUUGAGAACAUGGAUCAGCAUCUUGUCAAUGAAAUCAGACAAGUGGGCAAGAAUCAUAAUUCCCAUGAUUCUACAUCCUCAGGGUGGAAAAUAUUCACUGACAUUGUCUAAAAGUACCCGUAGAAGUAAUCAGUGGCUUUGGCCAUACAUAAACUGAAGCAAGAGGCAUAAUAAAUUGCUAAGGAUUAAGAUAAAUGUGAUGCUGCAUCAAAACCAAGACGAACUUCACAGAGAAAGAAAAGUAGAAGCCGACUGACUCUAGAGGACUUUAAGAGUUGCCUAGGUAAUUAGAGUAUGGAGCAUUUUCAGAGUAUCAAAGCUAAUGUAGAGUAAUUGCAAGUAAUAAAAGAUGAAUUUAAAAAACUGAAACUACUAGACGAGGAAUAAAAAAACUGGAUGCUCAAGUUUAACCAAUAUAUGAAGCCAAAGCAUAAAGAGUUUAAGAGACAAAAUGUUAUAAAGCGCUAGAAAAUCAGAGAGCUGAUUGGGUUGAAGCAGUCAGAAACCAGUAAGCAGGACACAAUGCUUAGUUAAAUUAGUCAGAUUGAUAGCACUUUGAUGCUGAACUCGAUUUGCACUGAUGAUUCUCGAUUAAAGAAUAGUCAAAUCAGUACUUCGAAGUUCAAGUAACUGCUGAACGAAAGCAAACAACAGCAAACUCGAAAGGGCACCGAAAAAGACAGAAGCAACAAUAACAGCUAAGCUCGGAAUUCAUCUAACAUACACUCUAAGAAGGCUCUAGUCUCAGUGAAAUAAAGUCCCUUCAAGAUUAUUGAUACAGAGUCUAGACUUUCCAAACUUAAUAAGGAGUUUAGUGAGAAAAUGGUGGAGGUCAAGCUUAACAUCUAAAAGGAUUCAUUGAUCUCAGAUCACCGAGCACAAUUCUAAGUCAACGAGGCUUAGCGUGGAGGCUUUGUUAAGGUCUAGGCGUAAUCUGAUGUUAUCGAGAUAGUUCAAGUAGACCGCAAAAGCAGCUCCCUCUCGAGAGGUAACAAUCUAUCCCCUUAGAUGUCGAGCAACACCCCUACAAAUGUAUAUUAGCUAGGCACUAUUUCUAGGAGAGAUAACAUUAAGAAGAGAUACAAUACUCUACUUGUUAGAAAGAAAUAAUACAGAGAAUCACUAAGUAAUUGCUCUAUGAAGUAAAGUGCAAAGAAUUCUGUUAAUCAAUCAAUGGUUUUACUCUCGAGAAGACAAACAAACAGCAGAGUCUUAUACCCAUUGGAGUAUAACUAGUCUCCCUACUAGUAAGUUUGCACUUCAGUAUAAACAGCAAAGUCUAUCACCAGGCCUAAGUAUGAUUUCACUAUGGAAUUGAUUGAUUCUAUCUAACACAACAAUAUGAAAUCUGAAAAUAGAAGAUACUAGAACUAACUGAGGAAAUCAGCUAAUCUGACAGCAAUCAAUGAAAUUAAUUCAAAGGCAGUCUCAGAAAUUGAAAGAGACAAUGAUCGACUUGAGGCAAAAAUGACUUUGAAUAUUCCGAACCCUGGCCGAACCAGAACUAUUACAAUUGAUAACUCUAUCAACUACCUUCAGUCACCACUAGACGAAGUUACUUAUGACAUUGACAAAAAACCUCAUAGAUUUAAUGAGAUGAUUCUCUCAGUCUAAAAUUAAUCAAGCAUCGAGAAUUUAGACAUAUCAGUGAAGUCUCCUCUUAGUAUCCUAGACUACGGAAGAAGGUCAAAGGUCAAUUAAUCCCUCAAUAAUCUCAAGUUUCAAAAUGGGAUGUACUAAAAUGACUUGAUGAACUCCAAUCUUAUCAGUCCUAAACCAUUUUAUGCUAAAGAAUAUGAUGUGAAAUCUACAAUCAAGCAGAGAAAUAGACUAAGAUCAUCUUAGAAGCAGGGAAGGAAUGAUAUAUUCUCCAUGAGAAAGUAGUUGCAACCUAAAAUGCCUUCAAGCAGCUAAAUCACCAGCAUAUAUUUUGCAACGAACAAUUCUACUACGAUAAAUCAUAGCAUGAAUCUGGUUAAUACUGGCUCCUUAAAACCUUAACUUAAAUUGAUUGGAAACCAAUACAUAUUCUGA